GCCAGUGUACGUUCGGUUAAUUUCCUGCUCGUUAAUCACAACCACGUUUGCGUAAACAUUUGAAGUGAUAAGAGUGUAGAAACUUGGACAAAAUGAAGCUACACCACACGAACGAUCACCAACAGAAAGCGGCAUUGGAUCGGAAGCGCGUUACUGAGAGUGAAUGGUUUUUCAUGGUGGAAGGCAUUUUCAACACGCUCAACCACACCAUGAUCGGUGUGGUUUGUAUCUACACUAGCUGGCUCUGUUGGAAAAAUGGAUUCGACAAGCUCUACACCUGGCACGUGUUCCUCACAUUGAUCGGGUACCAUCUACUAAUGGCCGAAGGGAUUGUUUUGCUGUACAGUGGCAACGGCUGGACGCAGAAACUAACGCACUCGCACAAACGCACCGUCCACUGGUUGAUCGAAGUCGUCGGCUGUAGUUGCUGUGUGGUGGGCAUUGCGCUGGAGAUCUACUUCCGGGGUUCCACCAACCGACGCCACUUCUCAUCAACGCACAGCAUAGUGGGACUCAUAUCGCUGGUAUUCCUGGCGCUUACCCUUGCGAAUGGGUUGAUGGCACUGUUUGCCACCGAGCUGCGAAAGCGCAUCCGACCGAUCUACGCAAAGUUAAGCCACUAUCUCACCGGCACGGUGUGCUACGUGAUGGGCAUGGUGGCGAUCGUGUUGGCUUAUGAGAAACGAAUCUAUCGCCAGAAUACGAUCACCGAGGGAAUAACGAUGAUGACCGUGUUCACGAUAGCGGUUACCGUGCUCAGCAUGGUUGGGGUAGUGAAGGCGAUCUACAACCAGCUGAGAACUCUCGCGAAGUAAGGGAAAGAACUAUGGCACCGGUAGUUGUAAUAUAUUGGCUAGAAGGGAGCUAACUAAGUAAAAACAUUAGCAAAUGCCAGUAAACAUUUCGAAAGCAUUAUGAUAAACGUAUCAGGAGAGACUUCAACCAUAUCAACAGACCCGUCGCAUCCGCGUAACGUAAUAUGUAACGCCACAGGAUGAGAUUUUUUCUUUCGCCUGUUUUAUGCACCGAUCCAAAGGGCUCGCCGACUCCAAUGUUAUCAAACGUUUAUUGGAAAGAGGGAGAUCUAUGUUAUAGUUACAGUGAGUGAAAAUUUAACCUUCCGGUUGUUGUUUCUGUUGUUGAUUUGCUGCAGUGUGUUCACCGUUGUUUGUUGUUGUGUGUGUAUUAGUCGCAAAUAGUUACUAACAAUAAUGAUUCUCCUUGAUGCGUAACGAUGCGAAGUCGUGAAUUAUUCUUCCCCGAUAAAUAUCUAAUCACUACCACCUCUCAUGUUUACUAACUUUGGGAGAGGAGUGAACAAAUCAAAACA